AUGGAAGAUCAAAAUAGUGCCACGGAGCAUCAAGGUCAGAAAAGACAUAAUAUAAUCAAAGAAGUGGCGUGGUCUUGUCCCCCUCCAGGUUUCUUGAAACUGAAUUUCGAUGGUGCUAAAAGAGGCUCUACUUCCACAAGUUUGGGUUAUGUGAUUCGAAAUGAGAAAGGUGAUCUCAUACUUGCGGGAGCAAAGGCGUCGCAUCCAGAAGGCUCAGCUCUAUCCUAUUUGCAGAAGCUUGUGCACUCAGAGAAGGCAUCAAAAGUCCCGUGGGAAAUUAAUGGCCUCAUUGAAGACUCUUUGGCGGACUUAUCCAACACCGAUAAUUUUGUGAUCAACCAUUGCUAUCGGGAGGCUAAUCAUGCGGCUGAUUUUAUGGCGGCAAAAGGAAGCUCUUGUAUUUCUAUGUCGCUGUGGUUUUCGUCUUUUGAUCCUUCCCUUUCCCUUAUCAUCCUCAAGGAUGCUUUAGGUUAUCCCUUUCAAAGGGGCUAA